GAGACUUAUCCUCAAUAUUUGCCAGUUCAUAUUUGAUCUCUUGAAAUUUGAGAAGGCAGCUCUUUUAAAGCUAGUGCGGUCUUCUUACAGCAACUAGUUGCUGAACUAGGCUGGCAAAUCCUUACUUCAAAACGUAAAUGACGAAAAAUAAGAUGGUCGGUGUCUCAUCAGCGGUGGUUUUCAUUUCGUUCCUGUGUGGAUCUGUGGUAAGAGGGAUGGAGGACGGCACGUUUGACAGUCGGUUUGAGUACGAGUACAAGGUGCUGAAGCAGCUGGUCGUGCUAGAGAUGGAGACAAGCGAUCUGCGAGGCAUGGUGACCUCACUCACAGCUAGACUUGAAGACGCCAACACAGUUAUUAGAAAUUUGAACGCGACAAUGCGAAAUGUUGCAACCGGAAGUACGUAUAUUAGAUGGGGGAGGAAGUCAUGCCCGGACGGAACUGGCGCCAGGUCGCUGUAUGACGGGUACGCCGGGGGUUCCUGGUACUCACAUGCCGGGGGAGGCAACAACUACCUGUGCUUGCCGCCUGACCCGGUGCUGGUCGACAUACAGGGAGCAAGUAGAAGCUAUAUCUACGGGGCCGAAUAUGUAGUUGGCGGGACAAUUUUGAAAGAACUGGAUAACGAUGACGUACCCUGCGUAGUAUGCAUCACGGCAAAUACCAAUGUCGUAAUGGUUCCUGCCAAGAACGUUUGUCAUCCGGGAUGGACAUUAGAAUACGCGGGAUAUCUUAUGAGCUCUAGCAAAGAUCAUACUGCCAGAGACUAUGUAUGUAUGGACGGACAGCCACAGGCCGUAACCGGCAGUAAAGAUGAUAGGAAGGGGGCACUGUUCUACUUCGUAGAGGUCUCUUGCGGGUCUCUUCCUUGCGAUCCAUACAAACAAGGAUACGAGCUGACUUGCGCCGUCUGCAGCUUGCCGCCGGUUAACUAAUAAGUGUUUACAUCGGAGAAGUUGCAUCCCGCCCGGAAUAUGUGAAUAUGCGGAACUUAGAAGGACGUAUACAGGCGCUGGCCACUUUUAGCCAGGGAUUUUUGGUGUUGGUCCUUUUAGCCUUGCAUUCCAUUGUUUGUUUACACGUAUAUCGACUAAUCUAGUGUUGCGCAUUUAAUAAACAUUAAAUAUCUCUGUUGGUACCAACCUGAAAUAAUUAAAUGCAUGACUUAUUUCAAUGGUACUUAUUUGAUAUCCUUUCUUAAAAUAUACAACUUUUUAAAGUGCUCGUAUUAACAUGCGCAGUUUUAGCAUCCUCCAAUGAUUGAUUAGUGAAGCAAAUUAUCUUCAACUCAGUUGUUUCCUAGUAGCUUGCAUGUCAGCGAUAUAUUUCUUCAAUUUUGUGGAAACCAAUGUUAUGUAUUAUAUAUGUCACCCGUUUUGGAUUUUGAACGCUCCGAUUAUUCUUUUGUAACACGGUCUGAUAACAAAAUAUGCGUUUUUUAUUCAAUGGCAGUUGGAGAUAUAUCUUUUUAAUCGUAAUUUCUUUUCACCCUCAUAUUCCUUGAUUUGUUUUCGUAGUAAAGUUUGUUCAGUCAACCACGGGGCAUAACUCGACAAAUAUUAAAGCCAUCUACGUAAUGUCUCUAGUGGCAACAUAUGUACUAUGUUCAUUUGAUGAAUCCAAGCAGUAUUUGAGAUAUUUCGUACACCGACGGCGAAAUCUAUGGCGUUACCGUGAUAUUUUCAGUUUAGUUAACAAUCUACCUCCAGGUAAACGUAGCGUUCAGACAGAUGUG